AUUUUGCCACUCGGGAGUUGUUCUGCGCGCGGCCGCCUUCUGUGCGGUGCUCUCCCGUGCGCUCUCUGCUGAGCUCGCAUCACCGGCCCGGCUACCCGCCUCUAAAACGUUCUGAAACUCGGCGGUUCCGGGAGUGGGAACCUAAACGCGCGAGCGCUGCUUCCCCGCUCGGGAGAGCUUUUCUGUGCAGGCCUGGUGUGGUCUCCCAAGUGACCGAACAAUGCAGAAAGACAGUGGCCAGCUGGUACCUCUACAUUAUUUUGGCUUCGGCUACGCAGCCCUGGUUGCUACCGGUGGGAUUAUUGGCUAUGCAAAAGCAGGUAGCGUGCCGUCUCUGGCUGCUGGACUCUUCUUCGGGGGCCUGGCAGGCCUGGGUGCUUACCAGCUGUCUCAGGAUCCCAGGAAUGUGUGGGUUUUCCUCGCUACAUCUGGGACCUUGGCUGGCAUUAUGGGGAUGAGAUUCUACAACUCUGGGAAAUUUAUGCCCGCAGGCUUGAUCGCAGGGGCCAGUUUGCUGAUGGUUGCCAAACUUGGAAUCAGCAUGCUGAGUUCACGCCAUUCGUAGUAGCCUUGUCCCUGCACGGGCUCGUGAGGAGUUGAAACACCAAACCUCCACGUCUCCAUGUUGGAUGAGUGCUGCAUAUGUCCACACCCUGACAUUUUACAGAAAUGUACACUGAGCACGCUAAGGUGAAGAUGAGCUGUUCCUGUGGUAACUGUUCUGAGGUGGCAGGUGUCUAACCCAAGAGCUAACCCUGCCUUCGUGCAGUUUCCUUCUUGUAUUAUGAUGUCUCUCCUUUUUGUACUUGUAGAUAAGGGGUAAAAUGUUGGGCGUCAGCAGUGGGGGCAGAGCCGCACGGCCUGCCCAGAAGUGUGUGAAAUCUCUCGCUGACAUGUGGGAUGUGGGAUCCUUUGCAUAGGUCUGCUAUGACACAGUGAAAAUAAAGUUUGCUACUAACGUU